AUGUCUUCGACUGUGAUGGCUAAUACCCCUCCACUGUCACCAGACUUCCGCGCAUUCACCGACGACGACACGUUUGACUCAUCGACCUUCCCUUUCCUUCAACCAAGUUUCAUGGACUCGUACCUGGUCUGUCCCGACAUGACCGCCGAGGGAAUGAACCAACAACAAGAGCAGCCCGAGGGUCGCGAGCAGAUGUACAUGGGGAAUGACGAUCGCUCGGAAUUCAACUACAACCUCGCUCGCCUCAACCUCUCCGGCUCUCCUUCUGGCGAGCAAGUACAACAUCAAGCUACCUCGACGUUCGGCUACCCCAUGCCACAGUACUCCAACCCUAAUACGAACGUCAAUUUCUUCCACCCAUAUCGUAUGGACUUACGUGCUCAUCAAAGUCCUCACUCCCCAAUGCGACCCAUGUCACCGCCAUUAUCCACUCCAGGCUCUGCGGGACCACAUUUCCAACCACUCAAUCACUCUCCCGCCGGCGUCAGUCCCAAUAUGAUCAGCCCCAACUCUAUGCUCGGUGGCAAUCUGUCCGACAACUCGCCUCUCGGUCAAUGGUCAGCCCUCCCUUACGCCGCCCAACUCGGUGGUCCAUCAAAUAUGACCAACCCUACGGCGCCGUUCGGGACUGCUUUGGGUAUGGUCACCAACUACCCUUACCCCGCUCAGAUGACUAGCGUCCCUUUACAACAAGUCACGAGAGGACGCCCUCGUCCCGCACGGCAGACAAGGGUUCGGAGAAGCCGUACGCCGAUCAAGAAGGAGGAUGACGACGAUGAUGUGAUAAGUGAUCUUGACGACAAUGAACCUAGGCGGUCAAAUACUUCGAGACGUGCUACGGAAUCUAGAAGCGAGGGCGCUGGGGAAAAAGGUUCCGGUAAGAAAGAGGAUGUCCGAAGGGCGCGCAUCGAGAGCGAACAGCGCCGAAGGGACGAACUUCGUGAAGGUUUCAAAAUCCUGAAAAGUCAUCUUCCGGCGAGUAGUCAACGUUCAUCGAAAUGUAUCUUGCUUGAUCGAGCUUGCGAACAUAUCAAGUUUUUGACCAAAACCAACUCGGAUCUCAUGAACCAGAAUGAGAGACUUCAACGUGAAUUAGACGAGUUGCGCGCGUGUAAUACGGAACUCGUUCAUGCUGUUGCGGUCAACACUCGUCCUUCCUCAAGCCCUGGCUCUCACGCUCGGGGUCAAGCCACUUUACAUCAGUAA